UCGUCGAUCUGACGGCGAAUCGUCGGGUAUCUCCUGAGAGCCAGAAAAAAAAGAUCAGAAAAAUCGGUGAUGGAUUGUACCCACAAGCGAAUCCACCAAAUACUGUCUGCUAUUCUAAAACCUCUGAUUAAUUCGGUAACCGAUAACAAUCGGCAGCCGCCGAUCGAAGAAGAUAGUGAAUAAAUAAACGGGAACAUGAAGGAAAUUUUUAAACAAAUCGACGACUCUUGCUGCAACUUCCAGAGGUACAGGAGAAAUGGGGAUGAAGUGGCUGAUUACUAUCCAAAUUGUGAUCCUUUUAUUUGGAUGAGAUCCUGCGAGCAAGAAGUUCGAGAUCCUAUCACCGGGGUGGUCAGUGGAGAUAUUCCACAGUGGUUGACUGGCACUCUUUUGCGAAAUGGACCAGGAAGUCUCAAAGUUGGGAAUUACCGGUUCGAUCAUCUCUUUGAUAGCUCUGCCCUCCUACACAGGUUUCACGUGUCGAAUGGAAGAGUCACGUAUCAACGGAGAUUCGUCCAGACGGAUGUUUUCAAGAGGAAUCAUCAGGCGAAUAGAAUAGUCCUCACUGAAUUUGGAACCAAGUCCGUUCCUGACCCUUGCCAGACGAUAUUCCAACGGGUAGCAGCUGUCUUUAACAUUGACAACGAAAUGUCGGAUAACUCCAUGAUUUCGGUUUAUCCCUUUGGAGAUGAGUAUUACACAUUCGCCGAAGCUCCAUUCAUCCACAGGAUUGAUCCCAAAACCCUGGAGACUCAGGAUCGAGUUUGCAUUUCGGAUUACGUCGGAGUCGUCAAUCAUACGUCACAUCCUCAUGUUAUUGAUGAUGGAACUGUCUUCAAUGUUGGGUUGAGUAUAACUUCCAGGGGACCAGCCUAUAGUGUCGUGUGUUUUCCAACUGCUUCAAGAGCUGAUAAUGAUACGAACGAUAAGAGCAUGUUUGAGAGAGCAUCAGUUGUUACUAGUCUUCCAGCAAGAUGGAAGUUGAACCCUUCAUACAUGCAUACGUUUGGAAUCACCGAGAAUUACUUCAUCAUCAUAGAACAACCCUUGGCUGUGGGUAUGAUCACUCUGAUGAACUGCAAAAUAAAGAACAAGCCUUUAUGUUCAGCUCUCAAGUGGUACGAGAAGGAAAAUACAUUGAUUCAUGUUUUAUCACGUGCAACUGGUGCCCUAGAAAGAACAUUCACCGCAGCACCAUUUUUUUAUCUCCACAUAAUCAAUCAGUACGAAUCUGAAAAAAGAGAUCACAUCGUAAUUGAUAUCUGCUGUUAUCGCAAUGCCAAAAUGCUCGACUGCAUGUACGUAGAUGCCAUGAGGAAUAUGCACAAGAAUCCGGAUUACUCGAAAUUAUUUCGAGCAAGGCCACUUCGAUUUGUUCUACCGAUGACUGAUAAAAUUAAUCAUGUCGAGUCAAACUGGAGAGAUAAUAUUUUUGAGAGACGAGCCAGCGCUCGUCGACAAUCAGACGGUACUGUCUUCGUCGAGCCGGAAUUAAUCUGCAACUUGGGAUGUGAAACUCCACGAUAUAAUUCCAGAUAUCUGGGGAGACAGUAUCGAUAUUUCUACGCCAUCUCCAGUGAUGUUGAUGUAGAAAAUCCUGGCACGAUAAUCAAAGUGGAUACAUUGAAAAAAACUUCAUUAACCUGGAGCGAGCCAGGUCUUUAUCCCAGUGAACCUAUUUUUGUAGCUCAUCCACAGUCUCAGGCUGAAGAUCACGGAAUAAUUUUGAGUGCUGCGAUAUAUGGAGAAGGAAGGGAAUCGGACGUUUGCCUCUUGAUUCUAGACGCGAAAUCGAUGAAAGAGAUGACCAGAGUGACAUUCCACACCCCAGGAUCCGUUCCAAAGUGUCUGCACGGAUGGUUCACCCUCGAAACUCCUUCCCCAGAUAAAAAUAAUAACAAAAAUUAAAUGUACAGGAGAAAGAACUACUCUCAUUUUGUAUAAUAAAUUAUCGUUGUAUAUUUA